CGAGCUGGACCGCGGGGCGUGAGUGAGGGAGCCGAGCCGCCCGCCUGCCCGCCGCCGCCUCCCCUCCGUAAGCAGGAGCCCGGGCCGGGGCCCGGCACGUCGCCGCAGCCCCUCCCUCGUCGUCAGGCCGCGAGGGCAUCGCGCGCGAGCCAGGGGGAGGGAGAGCGAGCGAGCCAGCGCCGGGAGGAGGCGGCCGGACCGAGCGAGCGCCCGCGCGUGUGGCGUGAGGGGAAGCCGCCGCCCGCCCCCUUCGCCUUCCCUUCUCUCCCCCUCCCCGCUCCCCCCCCCCGACCGCGAAGCAGCACCAUGUCGGCGCCGGCGGCCAAAGUCAGUAAAAAGGAGCUCAACUCCAACCACGACGGGGCCGACGAGACCUCAGAAAAAGAACAGCAAGAAGCAAUUGAACAUAUUGAUGAAGUACAAAAUGAAAUAGACAGACUUAAUGAACAAGCCAGUGAGGAGAUUUUGAAAGUAGAACAGAAAUAUAACAAACUCCGCCAACCAUUUUUUCAGAAGAGGUCGGAAUUGAUCGCCAAAAUACCCAAUUUUUGGGUAACAACAUUUGUCAACCAUCCACAAGUGUCUGCACUGCUUGGGGAGGAGGAUGAAGAGGCGCUGCAUUAUUUGACAAGAGUUGAAGUGACAGAAUUUGAAGAUAUUAAAUCAGGUUACAGAAUAGAUUUUUAUUUUGAUGAAAACCCUUACUUCGAAAAUAAAGUUCUCUCCAAAGAAUUUCAUCUGAAUGAGAGUGGUGAUCCAUCUUCAAAGUCCACUGAAAUCAAAUGGAAAUCUGGAAAGGAUUUGACGAAACGUUCAAGUCAAACACAGAAUAAAGCCAGUAGGAAGAGACAGCACGAGGAACCAGAGAGCUUCUUUACCUGGUUUACUGACCAUUCUGACGCAGGUGCAGAUGAGUUAGGAGAAGUCAUCAAAGAUGAUAUUUGGCCAAAUCCAUUGCAGUACUACUUGGUUCCUGACAUGGAUGAUGAAGAAGGGGAAGGAGAAGAUGAUGAUGAUGACGAUGAAGAAGAAGAAGGAUUGGAAGAUAUUGACGAGGAAGGGGAUGAGGAUGAAGGUGAAGAAGAUGAAGAUGAUGAUGAGGGGGAGGAAGGAGAGGAGGAUGAAGGAGAAGAUGACUGAUGGAACACUGAUGGAGUCCAACCCUUUUUAAUUUUCUCCAGUCCCUGGGAGCAAGUUGCAGUCUUCUUUUUUUUUUUCCCCCUCCUCUUGUGCUCAGUCGCCCUGUUUUCUGAGGUCUCUUUUCUCUCCUUUAUACCAUGGUUUGCAACUUAUUUUGGGGGGAAAUACCUUGAGCAGAAUACAGUGGGAAAAGAAUCUCUACCCCUUUCUGUUCCAGAUUCAUUUUUAUCCCUUCCUGUCUCAACAAAAACUUUCUGGAAUCAACACCACCGUGCUCUGUGGGAAAAAAGAAAAACCUUCUGCUCCCUUAGCUCUGCUGGAAGCUGGAGGGUGCUAGGCCCCUGUGUAGUAGUGCAUAGAAUUCUAGCUUUUUCCUCCUUUCUCUGUAUAUCGGGCUCAGAGAUUACACUGUGUCUCUAUGUGAAUAUGGACAGUUAGCAUUUACCAACAUGUAUCUGUCUACUUUCUCUUGUUUAAAAAAAGAAAAAAACACUUAAAAAAAAGGGGUUAUAGAAGGUCAGCAGAGGGUGGGUUUGAGAUGUUUGGGUGGGUUAAGUGGGCAUUUUGACAACAUGGCUUCUCCUUUGGCAUGUUUAAUUGUGAUGUUUAACGGACAUCCUUGCAGUUUAAGAUGACACUUUUAAAAUAAAAUUCUCUCUUAAUGAUGACUUGAGCCCUGCCACUCGAUGGGAGAAUCAGCAGAACCUGUAGGAUCUCAUUUGGAAUUGACAUUCUCUAUUGUAAUUUUGUUCCUGUUUAUUUUUAAAUUCUCUUUUUGUUUCACUGGAAAGGAAAGAUGAUGCUCAGUUUUAAACAUUAAAAGUGUACAAGUUGCUUUGUUACAAUAAAACUAAAUGUGUACACAAAGGAUUUGAUGCUUUUCUCUCAGAACAGAUGUAUUUAAUAUGACUUCCAAGUUUGACUUGUAUAACAUAUUGUCAAACUUUGUCAUCCUAACUCCGUAUUUUUUGAUACGCACUUUGCAGAAUGACCUCAGGGCUAUGUGGAUUUGAGUAAAGGGAUUGAAUCAAUGUAUUAAUGUCUCCAUAGCUGGGAACCAUCUUGGGUACAAUUUGCCAUCAGUUUCUGAAAGUUGUCAUGUCAUUAAGGUCAGCAGAUUGCUCAACACUCAGUUCUGAGUAUAUUGUACCCUUGAUUUUGUAUCUCAAGUUGGCAUUUAAAAAAAUGGGCCUUUAUUUACCUGGAUAAAAUAAUAGUGCCUGCCACCACCAUCAGACAGACCUGGUGCUUAAUGCCGAGUUAAACACGGGACAACUGCUGGCAUGUCUUCCUUGACACUAUAAAAUGUGGCCAAGAAGACAGACUAAAGAAGUCCGUAUUGGUGGUAAGAAACUCAGGAGUACUUAACGUCUCUAAGUACCAGCUAUUUAGCAUAGAGCUCUCAAAUGAGACCGUCUUGUGUGGAUCUGAGUGAGGUGAUGGCCUCUGCUCUGGUAAAUGCCAUUGUGCAUAAAAGAACAUUUUGAGAAGCUACCUAAUGCAUAAGCUUUUUAAUGCUGUAAAAUAUAGUAGCUACAAUUAAAUGCCACUUAACUUUUUUCAGAGAUGAAUUAAUGAACAGCCUAGUCAAAUUCAAAGCUUUUUGAUGUAUAAAACUUUAUAGAUGGAAUUAUUCCAUCAAUAGGCAAAGUGUAAUGGAAACCUGUCUAGAUGGAUAGUAUGUAAUUUCUGCACAGGUCUCUGUUUAGUAAAUAACAUCACUGUAUACCGGUCAGGAAUCUUACUCCAAUAAAGGAACAUAAAGAUGUUUA